CACAAGCCGCUUGUGGUAUUGCACUGAGGACAGCUGUAUGUCUUGUUGAGGGAUGUUAGAUUGCCAUCCAGGGCUUUCACAACGUUCGGCCGAUGCAGCUAAGCGGAGGUUUUCUGUCCCGCGUCGAAGCUCACGCCUCCUGCGUCUUGGAUGCCAGCAUUGAUCUUGUAUGGGCUGUGUUGAGAGACUGGGGCUCUCUUGUAUGGCUCAAAGAGGUGGAUGGACGGCCCCUCCGCUCUUCGGUGGUGGAGGGUUCCUCAAACACUUGUGUGGGAGCCAUCCGCAUGGUGGAAAUUGGUGCCCACCGCAUGUUUGAAAGGCUCAAUGCCGUGGAUGAUGACAAACAUUGCAUGAAGUGGCAGGUCAUCUCGCACCCAGACACCAUCAACCCUUUUCCAGCUUCUCUGGUCAACUAUGUGUGCACCCUGAAGCUUUUGCCCGUCACCGUCGGCAACAAGACCUUAAUCGACUGGCAAGGAGUACUAUUCACCGAGAUGCAGAGCACAAUGACAAUGAAGGCAACCCUGGAGCGCUGGUAUCUCACGGGUUUCCAGAGCCUACAGGAGUAUGUGGCGCAGCGCAGCCACACGUUGCCACAAAAGCAGUGUGUGCCUCAGGUGGGCACGGUGGACUACUCUCCAUGGGCGGUGGGCUUGGCGGGCAGCUCAGUGGGGGUGUCGGUGGCAUCGGGCGCCCCUGCAGCAUCACCUGGCCUGACGCAGGCAAGCAGCUCUCGCAGCGCACCGGCAGCGAUCCCUCGCAGCGUCUACGCGGCGUGCUCUCUAGAGGGCGUGGAGCUGCACCCCUCUCAGAGGGCUGCCUUCCACAGGACCAUGCCGUGUGAGGAGUCGCUGGGGCAGGCGAUGGGCAGGAUCAAGGGCGUGAGCAUAGACAGCGACGUGCUGAUGGGUCGGUCGUUGUCGUGGGGGGACGCGGCGCUGGUGCACAGCGCAGUCAGCAGCCUGCAGUCCCUCGAGCGGGGUUCCCUGCUGGGGUCGCUCCCGGAGGCGCUGCCGGGCAGCAACAGCAACAGCAGCAGCACAGUCGAAGACGGCGCGGCCACACCGUGGGUCUCCGCCAACACCCUCGCCGAGGACACCCUCAACACCCUCAUCGCCGGCGGCCGCUCCGGCACGCUCAGCCGCGCCGAGCUGCGCACGCAGCUGAGCGGCCUGUGCGGCGGGCCGGUCACGCGUGAGGAGAUCCAGCUUCUGGAGAUGCUGCGCGACGCCAAGGCCCUGGCUGCCACCGGCGGCGGCGAAUGUGUGUCGGCGGGGCUCGCUGCCGAUGCGCCAAUGGCGCGGACAGCGUCGGCCGACACAGCCGCCGCGAGCAGCUCGGGCAACACCGCCACCGGCAGCCGGGCCGGCAGCGAGGAGCUGCCGCCGAAGUUCGAGACCAUGCACCUCGAAGCACACCCCAUCCUCGCACCCUGA